AUGUCAGACUCAGAGCACGACUCGCGAGCUCUCGCGGUGGGAAGAAAGCGAAACAGAGGUAAGUCCGAUCUCCAUUCGAGUACGGCRGACAGAGCAUCCGGCGGCCAAGGCGGUGGUAGCAAAGGCGACGGCAGCACGAAGACGACGUCCCGACGCUCUAGCUUGGAGUCGGGUGAGAUCGACUCGUCUGGCGAGAGUCGCGCUCCAAGCCCGGAGGUUUACGAUAAGUACGGCCCCGACUUCAUUAAAAUCGACUUUCAAAUUCCCAAGCGCCGCCGUCUCACGGCGAGCACAAUCGGCUCUGUAUUCGACGACCACAGCAGACCGAUCGAAGCUGUGUCUGUGGCGGAGAGCAGCGAGGCGGGCGACACGCCCCAAGAGCCUCACGCAAUGGCAAGCAGCACCACCAUGGAGGGCACUCGUCUUUGCGAGCUUUCACACAAGGAGCUGGUUGAGCAAGAGCUCUACUUUGACCUGGAUGCGGACAAGUAUCCAGAUGACCUUGUAUACUGUCUCUGCUGCGGUGGGCGGGGCCACAUGCAGUMCACGUGCAGCGAAUCCACCUGUGAGCACUGCGGAGCAAAGGAAGAACACGCCUCUUAUGCGUGCCCAAGUUUCCGGAAGUGCAGACUUUGCAGACAGCGAGGCCACGAUGCGAGUGAAUGCACCAAUCCGGCCAGCCGCGUGAGCGAUGAUCCAUGCGACAUAUGCCACCAAGUGGGUCACGUCGAGGAGGAAUGCACACAUCUGUGGUUUACCAGUCUCCAUGCCGAUCCCACGAACAAGGUCAUGAAAAUCCUCGACAAGGACAUGACUCGAGCAUGCUAUAGCUGCGGGUCCAACUACCACUGGGGCGACGACUGCUUGCACAGCGACCAUGACAUGCCUCGCAGCUUGAUUAAGACGUGGAGCAAGGAGUUUGCCACUCAAUUUUUGAUUGAGCAUGAAAGCCACGUCGAGAAUGUCGACGAGCCCAGCAGCGACAAAGAAAAGCAGCAGCAGCUUCAACCUGCGCGCAUGUGGCAAUUCUCAAUGUUCGAAGAUGGAAGAGAUUGA